AUGGCAUUAUCUACAACAGAUAUUCCUCAAAGAGCCCAACACUUUUUAGAGUGUGGUAUUGAAGACUGUGAAAGGAACUGUGAGUUCUAUUGCAACCCUUGUCAUCAAAGAUUGUGCAAACAAUGCCGAGAUGAACAUUUGAAAAGUCCAGAAAACAGGAAUCAUGAGGUGGUUCUUUAUCAGCAACGCAAACGACAACUUCCUGUGGAGAAAUGCAAGAUCCACCCCACUAAAAAUAUGGAUAUGCUCUGUGAAGAAUGCCAAGUUCCAUUAUGUUCCAAAUGUGCUACAAAGGGAGACCACCAAAGGCAUACACUUAUUAAUCUAGAAACAAUCUAUGAAGAAAAGUUUGUGCUCUUUCAAGAGGAAGUCUCCAAAAUUCAUGAGUUUUUUCUACCAAUAUCAAGGGAUUUCCAGAAAGAAAUAAAACAAGAUGCCGUUGAAAUCAAACACACUAUAGACAACAUCAGAACAUCCAUGAAGACUGAAGGUGAGUCCCUGAAAAGUCUGGUGGAUACAGUUAUAUCUGAGAACAUGAGGCAGGUAGACCAGAUAGAGCAAUCACUGUUAGAAGAUCUAAGUACCCAAGACAAGACAUUGAAUGAUUACAACACAUAUCUUUAUAGCCUAAGCAAAGAGCUCCACAAAUGCCUGUUCUCAACAGAACCCUUGAAAUUAGUGUGUGAGAAGAAGCCAAAGGUCCGAUCAAUACCAGAGACAAUAAAACCAGUCACACCAGGAUUUACUGCUGGUCAAUACAGCAAAAGUGAUGUCACCAAAUUACUUGGCAAAAUACAUGUCCCUGACACAAAAGCAGAGAAGAGAGAUAUAAGGCCAAUUGAAAGUGUCUACAAUACAGCAAUGAAACCUACACAUAAACAGAUUAAAGAAGACGGAAAGAAAUUUGACAUGAAACAAACAAUGUCUCUAUCUGCCUCUGUUACCAAGGUCAGGGAGUUCAAUGUACCAGAUGUUAGUGAUGUAUGGCAUUUAUCACUAGAUCAAUCAGACAGACUCUGGAUCAGUGACUCUGAUGGUACUCUUGUCCAAACAGAUCUACAUGGAAAUGAGGUACAGAUUAUAAAAGAAAGCGGUGAAUGGGAAGGUUACCAAACAGUGACACAGGACGGGGAUCUGAUCAUUAAAGAGAAAAACAAGGUAGUCAUCAGAAGAAAAACCCAGGAUAAUAAUAUCAUUGACUACCUUAAAACAGGAGACUGGGAACCAAAGAGCGUACACUCCUCCCGCAUCAACGGGGACAUAUUGGUUGGAAUGGAGAAGGAUGGAGAGGCUAAAGUCACCAGGUACAACAAGACAGGAAAAGAGCUUCACAACAUACAGAGGGAUAGCAAAGGACAAAGACUGUAUAGAAAUCCAUACUGCAUCACAGAAAAUAUCAAUGGAGAUAUCUGUACAUCAGAUCAUGAGGCAAUAGUGGUGGUGAAUAAAUCAGGACAACACAGGUUUUCCUACACAGGUCAGGAGUCAAAGUUCCAUCCUUUUGGAAUCUGUACUGAUGUCCUCGGUCACAUCCUGGUGUGUGAUACGUACAGUAACACUGUUCACCUCCUUGAUCAGGACGGUCAGUUCUUGUCUCUAUUACUCACACAACAACAAGGGGUGUAUACUCCUCUUAGUGUGUGUGUUGAUAAUGAGAACAAUCUCUAUGUGGGUCAAUACAGCAACACACUGACAGUGUACAAGUAUCUCCAGUGA